UCUGCUACAAUGUGUUUCCUUCAUCAGUUAAUUCUCUUUUGCGCGACAUUAAUCUAUUGCGUUGCAGGGAUACAAUCGCAGACCGAAGAUAAUGUAAUUUCCAUCAAAGAUACAAUAUCGAAAGAUGAAAACACGAUAUUGAUUAAAAGAGAGAAUUCGGCCAUUUUAUCAAAAUAUAUAAUCGCAGGAGUUGAUGAUGAAAGAAAAAAAAUAAAAAAAACUUGUCGGAUUAAAAUAAAUCCCACACUUUCCAAUUUAUCAAGUCCUCUUGAAUGCGCGCGUACAUGCAACGAUGAAAAACCUAAGAUCUGUUAUUAUCGCUUUGAAGCAGAGGCAUAUUCUUCACUUACCAAAGCGUGUGAUUACUGUAAACCAAAUGCAACCAAUACCUUCUGCAACAAUUGUCAGUGCGUACCUGUCGACGGAGUGGAACGUCCUAUUUUGACGAUAAAUCGUAUGAUACCCGGACCUUCUAUCGAUGUGUGUGAAGGCGAUAAAAUAGUGGUAGAUGUCAUUAAUAAAAUGGACAGUGAACUUACAAUUCACUGGCAUGGAGUAUUUCAAAAAGGUUCCCAAUAUUAUGAUGGUGUACCCUUUGUGAAUCAAUGCCCUAUUUCUGCUAAAAGUACUUUUAGAUACCAAUUUAAUGCGGAUAACGAGGGUACGCACUUUUGGCAUGCUCAUAGCGGAUUGCAAAAACUGGAUGGUAUUUUUGGAAGCUUGACUAUACGUCAGUCAGCAAAACGCGAUGUAAACAGUUACUUGUAUGAUUUUGAUCUAUCUCGUCAUAAUAUCUUUAUCAGCGAUUGGAUGCACGAACUCGCUUUAUCGCGUUCACCUGGUCGUCUUCAUGGCACAAAAUUUCAAUUUCCGGACUCGUUUCUGUUUAACGGCAAAGGUCGUUAUAAGGCAAGUGAUACUAUAAUCAAUACGCAGGUAUUUCGCGUGAAACGCGGUUAUCGUUAUCGAUUUCGCAUGGUAAAUUCGUUUUGUACAACUUGUUCAUCUAUUUUAACCAUUGAGGGUCAUAAUCUUACUGUUAUAGCUACAGAUGGUAUCUCGGUUAAACCCAUCAUAGUGAAUUCUAUAAUCAGUGUUUCAGGGGAACGUUAUGAUUUUAUUAUAAAUACAAAUAAUCGAAUCGAUUCCUAUUGGAUUCAACUUCGUGCAUUCGGAGAAUGCAAAAGCAGAGCUAUUCAACAAUUGGCUAUAUUACAAUAUAACAGAGCAUCAGAUGUACCCACAACAUCUCCGCCUACCUUUAAUGCUCCACUUCCUACAGGAAUCAUAUUAAAUCCACUUGAUAGUAAAUGUGAUCAUCCAAGAACUGAUGCGAUUUGCGUAAGCAACAUGCACAGCGCAAUUCAAGUUGACAAAGGCAUUUUUACAGAAAAACCAGAUGCCAAAUUUUACUUACCAUUCAAAUUCUAUAAUUAUGAUCUGCAGAAUCUUUUUGCGCCUAAUCAUUUCUAUCCAUUUAUAGUUGGGCCUAAAGACGCGCAUGUAGCUUCUGUUGUCAAUGAUAUUAUAUUUCAACUUCCGUCGUCACCACUACUUUCGCAAUUUAGAGAUAUUCCACCUAAUACAAUUUGUAACGAUACCCACAAACCGGAUAAUUGCGGCAACAUAUGCAGUUGUACUCAUGUUAUAGAACUCCCAUAUAAUGGUAUCAUCGAACUUAUUGUAAUCGAUGAAACUAAAGUUCCUGAAUUACAUCACCCGUUCCAUUUACAUGGCUAUGCUUUUAACAUAAUGUCCGUGGGAGUUCCAAAUAAUGAAACUGGAACUACUGUAGAAGAAAUAAAAAUAUUAGACAAGAAAGGGCUCCUGCUCAGAAAAAAAUUCGCUCCGCCGUUUAAGGAUACUAUGCCUAUACCAAAUAAAGGUUAUGCAAUUAUACGCUUCCGCGCGAACAAUCCUGGUUAUUGGUUGUUCCAUUGUCAUUUUCUUUAUCAUCUAGAAAACGGUAUGGCUACGGUAUUCCACGUCGGAGAACCAUCAGAUCUUCCACCUGUCCCAAAACAUUUUCCCAAAUGUGGAAAUUUUGUACCGUUUAUAUCUCAACAUUAAGUAAAUAAUUGUUAUUUGUAU